GCCUCGACAAAAAAAAAAAAAAUGCAACCGCUGGGAAGAAAGUAAUGAAAUGUAAAAAGUUUUUUUUUAAUUUUAUUUUUUAAUCUUUUAAUUAAGAUAUUUUGGAAAGACGUAUAAAUAAGCGAUCAGGUUGCAUUUUACCGUAAAAUUGUAAUGUAGGAAUUGAGGUAAUAGGAUCGAUUACAAUGUCAAAAUGCAUAGCAUUAACAAUAACAAUUAAUUCCCAGAUUAAAAAUCAAACGAGUCUAUUUACAUAGAAUCGAUUCAUAAUUCAUCACUUUACAAAGUUUGGUUUACACUUCACAGAAAGUGCAACAUAUCCCACAUGAAAGAAACACUUUUUAUGUCAUACAUCAAUAGAUUUAGCGUUUUAAUUAAAUCUUAAUAGCUUUAAUAGCAGCAAUAGACAGUGAAAAACACUCAAAUAUAAGUAGCAUUUUUUUCAGCCUGCUAUAGAUCUAUUUAAAUGUAUCACAGGUGCUGCAUGUCUCCGUGUCGGUGCAAGCUUGUUUACCUAUUGAGGAACACGAAAUGCAACAAAAACCUUAUUUUAAAAGCAAUUCUAUUUUUUACUAUGGGGGACAUUCUCGCUUUAGCGCCAUCCUGAGGAGCUUCCAACAAACAGCCAAGUAAAUUCAGCAAGUGUCCUCCCGUGCGCUCACUCCUCCUCCGCCACAGUCGCCGUCUCAUCUCUGAGACUCAGUCAACAUAAUAAUUUUUCAGAUUCUUUACGUGAACCCACCAUGAGUGAAACAUGUUUGCUUUAUAUCUACAGAGCUUGGGCGACAUUAUAUCAACCUGGCCCCUGCCUUUGUUCGGCCGUCUUUUUAAAUAUUAACAAGUUGUCAUGUCAUCUGUGACUGGACGAGAGGAGAGAUUUCCUGGAGCACAGUGGCCGGAACCCACACACAUGCUGGUUAUGUGUAAUGGUCUGAUCCCCAGAGCUCUAAAGUGCAGCAUCACUUCGGCUUUUCUGCAAGUGGUAAAGGCGGACCCUUCCAGUCCACGGAGCGUCCUUCUCCUGAGGGCGCAGCGGGAUCCAGGUGCGACCCACGCCGGAAUAUGUGCCAGAGGGCGGACGCCGUCCCGUCGUACAUGUCUCUCCCCGGAUCCGUGGGAGAGCGCAUCAGGAGGACAAUGUUCAGCGGCCGGACCAUAUGUAGAGGAGCGGCGCCCGCUAAUCCGGGCUUUGGCAGGUCCGACGGGAAAGUUGCGUGCUGCGAGAAGUGCUCCGCAACCCUGGUGUCUUUGAAGAAACAAGCCCUGAGCCUCGCUGUUCACCAUCACUUCUCCUGCAAGGACUCUGGGGACCUGUCGGUGUUUCUUAAUGACAACCUUCGUGUCCACGGUCGUUCCACUGCUGAAUUUAUGGACAGAGACCGGGAGCAGGGUCAGUGCGGGACCUGCGGUACGAGCCUGAACCAGCUCAAACAACAGGCCGUCCACGUGGCUCUGAGCAGGGGUCAGUCGCUGGCUAAGCCGCCAUUCGAACCCGGCCUCAGCACUGGCUCGCCGCUGGGACAAAGCGAGAGAAAGCAUGGAGCAUCAUGGGAAGCUGCUUUCCCUCAGCCGCGGAGUCAAACCUACGAUCAUCACGGCCCUCGGAGCCCUCGGACCCCUCAGAGGACCCCUCAAACCCUGAGAAGGAAGGGCCUCAAGCUUCCCAACCCUGAUAUGGACCGAUGGGUGGAGGAGCAGCAGCAGCUGGUUGCAUCUAAAUCCGCGCCCAGCGGGGAUCGUGUCACUGCGUUCCCUCAUAAUCAGACAGCAGAUGACGCAACACUGGGCCGUGGUGACGCUGGAGCUGUGGAGAAAAGCUCGAAGCUCCCUCAUUUCUCCAGAGUAGUGACCAUUGCCAACACGGCUGCGAUGUCCUUUUUGGCCAGGGCAGCCGAGAAGCUCAGCCUGAUGAGGAAAAAAGGCCAGGCUUCCGAUGCAGCUCCCGCUCACUUCUCCACCUGCUUCAGGGAGAUCAUCCAGAAACACCCACCCUCCAUGCCCCCCUGCCUGCAACAAGCUGCCACCAGGACAAAAGACUCACCCAGCGUUGGCAAGGUCAAAGUCGUGCUGAGGGUGAACCCAACACUCUCAGCGGGCCAAGGACAACCACCUGUUCUCUGGACCGACCCGUCCAAGAAGAGAAUCACCAUAAUGGAACCACUCAGCAUGAUCAAACCUCACGCUACAAUGACGCUCGGCCGGGAAGGCAAACAUUUCCUGAAGACCUUCAACUUUGACUCUGUCUAUAAUCAGGAGUCCAGCCAGGCCGAGGUGUGUGCGGGCGUCUUGGCUGAUGUCAUCCGCUGCGUGCUCAGCGGCAGCGACGGCUGCGUCCUGGGUUUGGGAUGCGACGACGUGGGGUCCUGGUCGAGCAUGGUGGGGAGUGAUGAGAGUGUCCAGAAGCUGGGGCUGAUUCCCUGUGCCAUCUCCUGGCUGUACAGCGCCAUAGAGCGGCGCAGGGAGAAGACGUGGACCGAUCUGAGCGUGUCGGUGUCUGCUCUGGAGCUGUGCUGCGGAGAAGAGGACACGCUGAGAGAUCUGCUGGGAGAGGUUCCCUCAUCGGACAAUAUCCAGGACAGCCCGAAGGCUCACAUCAAGAUCCAGGAGGACCCAAUCUCUGGAAUACAACUACGGAACCACAAUCGCGUGAAGGCACCCACCGCUGAGCGCGCUGCUUGUCUCCUGGACGCAGCCAUCACAGCCCGUCGGCACACGGACUUCAUUAGCUACCUGUGUCACAGUUCUAUUAUGUUUUUCACUUUUUACGUCCAGCCCCCUCGCACAGACAGUAGCACUAUUGGCAAAGGUUCAAGGGGCCCUGUUAAGUUGACCAUGAUAGAUGUGUGUAGUGGCAUGAGGGGGAGCAGCAAAAAUCACCCCCCCCAUUCUGAACUGGGCCCUAUUGUGUUGUCACUACUAAGUGGACAUAAAACCACCCCCAACAAAGGUAAUAAGUUGGCAAUGCUCCUUCGAGAGUCCUUGGGCCAUUUAAACUGCCACAUCACAGUGAUCGCCCAAGUGGCCGAUUCCCUGGCAAACUUUCAAGGGGCCUUGUCCACUGUCCAACUGGCUUCUCGCAUCCGCAGGACACAGAAAGGAACAAAGCCAUCCACCUCAUGUUCUCCUUGUGGGAGGAGUCUGCCUAAAGGAAAGAGAGGCUCUCAGCCUUUGACACUUCGGGCAUUCCAUUCUACCGAUGAGGUCGACGUCGACGUCAAUCCCCUUCGUCUGCGUGGCGAUGUUGACGAGCGUUCCAGUAGUGACCAGUCUUGUGACACAGUCAUCCAAAUAGACUCAGGGGGUUUGGUCAAAACCAAAUCGUUACCAAAGCUGACACAACCUAAGUUUGUGCCCAUCAUCCCUUCUUUGCAUCACAAUAAGGCUGAUUUGGACGACCCAGAGUUCACUGCUCUUCUCCAGGAGCUUCUGAGAAUUCCUCAAAUGCAGGGAGAGAAACUAAAGGAGGACAAUGCUCAAGGACAUGUUGAGACUUUAAAAGCAGAUGUUAAGCCGCCAGUGAGGGACUGUCUUAAAUGUGAAACAUUUGCUGAGCUUCAAGAGCGUUUGGGCUGCAUUGAUGGGAGCGAGAUGAUAAUAGAAGCACUCAAAACGUCUUCAAAAGGUGCUUCUGUAAACCAUGGCGCAACCAAAUCCCAACCCCAGAGACCAACAGGGAAACAGAAGGACACCACCUCAUCAAAGGCGUUGUUGAAUCAGGGGAUAGGCUGCAGUCAGGCCUCCACUGGGGAAAUGCAAACAGAUGGUGCCUUCCCUGGAGAUAGCUUUCAGAGAGAGGAUUCAGGCCUGUAUGACUGCGAGGAGUGCAGUGCGACCAGUUCUAGUGAGGAACUACUGAAUCAAGCUCUCAAUCUGAACACAAACUGCCGCUCUGAUCUUACCAAAGAUGGAAAUCAGAAGUCAGGUGACAAACUCUCUUCUCAGGACUUUGAUACGGAUGCUCAGGGCAAGUCUAUCACCGCUUCCUUCCAGUAUCCAAGAAAACAAGAGAGUUCCGAAGCUGCUGAUUGGUUCAAACAAGACAAAAGGGCCUCACCUGUGGGCAAAAGCUCUCCCAUAUCUCCCUCCUCCUCCUGUUCCUCCUCCCAAUCCCUGGCUACUAGUGUCAUACAUCAGGAGGUCCUACCUAAUGACCCUACAGAGGAUGUUAAGGAAGUGAAAGCUACUAUCACAGUGACUGUUCAGCAGCCUCUGGACCUAAAAGGUCAAGAUGAACUUGUCUAUUCCAUGGUAGAGGAGGUAACCAUCAGUGGUGCGUUGAAUAAAGGGAGGACAGGUGGAAACAUUAUUUGUAUCAGAGACACAGCCGAGUCACAGGGUCAAGCGUCUACUUGCUUGAAACCAAUUAGGAUCAUUAGCAAUGUCAGUGAAGAAUCUGCAACUGCACAAUCCACUGACACAAGAAGUUCUGUCGUUCAGCCUCUAACCACAGAAAACGUUGGAGAGAAGCCCCACAAUCAGCUCCGAAGGGAAAAAAGAUUCUUACCGUCAUUUAUUAAUCCCAUGCUGAUUGAUACAGAUGUAGACUGUGAUUUGGAUUGUGCAAAGGAACAAGAAAGGGAUAAUACUCUUACAAGGGUCAAGUCAGGGCCUGAGCUUAAGAGAAAUAUCAAAGGCUCUGAGGACAGGAAGAAGAGUGGAGCUGAUGCCUCAGAGGUACACCUAAAAAAGCCAGUCAAAAAGGCAAAUGACUCAAUUAUUAACCAAAUUUCGUAUGACCCAAUUAUCUUGAAAGGGUCAGCAUUCGGAGAUGACGCUGAACAAAGUAAAACAUGUGGAAAGCAACCAAGAAGUAAAGAGAAGAGACAACCUAGAGCCAGGGAGCAUUUUUAUUCCACUAACACUCAACAAAGCUCAGAGGAGGGAGAAGCCGUGUGUACAUUUGUGGAGAAUGCCCUCAGGGGCACUGGUGUUCCACCUGGUUGCCACGAAACCAUUGCUGCUUCUUUUCAAACGGGCAGUUUGCCUAGAGUUUGGCGAAAUGCCAACCACCAGGAGCGCUACCACGGCAGCCACGUGGCACACAACCAGAGAAGGGUGACAUCAUCCAACCCCUGCAGCCCAGGGGUAACGCUGGAAAGGAGGCAGGGCAGACAGCAUUCCCUAGUUAACCGCAGCCUCCACGUCUCUUCUCCUUGGGAAUAUGGACCCGAGUACAAACAGGAUGCUAGUAGUACGCACAGGAAGGGAGACGGGCCUUUUCUUGAGAGUUCAAGUCCAAACAUGAAACGCAGUAACCUGAGUGGGAGGCUGAAGUCGCCCACUGAGCACAGUGGCAGACUUUUCAGUGCCAAAUUGGAGCAGCUGGCCAGUAGAACCAAUUCCCUUGGAAGAACCCCAAGGGACUUCCCAAGCCUGGAUCGAGGGAGCAGCAACACGUCUAUGAGCUCUAAGGGAAGCUCCAAGGGAAGUAUUGAAGGGACAUUCAAGAGAGCUUAUAAAGGAAACGAGGGGAAUUGCACCUUGCCGAGGGCCAGCAGGAGUCCCAGGAAGCAUCCUCGAUCAGAUCAGAGCCAUCACUUCUUCCCGCCGGAAAGCCACGCACCUCAAGCUACCAAGCAUUCCCAUUCCAAGCUGUCUGCCGUUGGGAAACUUCGGAUUGCGAGCCCCAAAGUCCGCCGACUGUCCGCCCCCAGCGUCAAGAAUCUUCCUCACAAAGGCCUGCGGCAGUCCAUCAGCCGCAGCGCCAGCCUCUCCCCUGACUGUAAAGCUGUCAGCUUUGAGAGAACAUCCUCCUUUUUCUCUUCCUCCCCUCCUCGGUCUUUCCAUUCCAUCAGCAGGACGCCGAGCCAGAGCUCCACGUGUUCAUCCACAAAAUCUGCCAUCCAGGGGUUCCUCAACGGCCGGGUCUCAGAUCUGAUUAAGGAACGGGCUGCCAGCCCCACUUUAGGGGGAGCGGACCACAUGACCAGCCUUCCCUCGCCAUACAGCCAAGUGACUGCCCCCCGCAUGCCCGAUCACAUGAGCGGACAUGCCAGCGACACCACCAGUGUUCUGAGUGGUGACCUGCCACCAGCCAUGGGAAAGACCUCCCUGUACUUCUCUAACAGGAACAGUGGGGUGAGCAGCGGAUACGACAGUAUGGUGAGGGACAGUGAAGCCACAGGCAGCAGUACCUCAAACAGAGGGUCUGUCAGCGACAGGAGUGGCUCUGUCCUCAGCAUGACACGCAGCAGUCGGUCCUCUAGGAAAAAAGGCAGCGCAGGUUCACACCAGCGUCGUCCCUCCCACGACACGCGUCUGCCCCCGAGGCGCUCGGCCAGCGGGCUGCGGUCUCGCUGGGCGGCUCUCGAAACGCCAGAGGCCUGCGAGAUCAAGGUGUACGAGAUCGACAAUAUGCAGAGGCUGCAGAAAAGAGCAGGUGCUGGCAAACAGGGGCCCGCGUGCUCCAGCGCCAAGCUAAUGUUACGGGAGCAGCGUCAGCAGAGGAUCUCAGAGGUCCGGGCCGAAUACAACAACCUGAGGAGAGAGCUGGACUGGGCCAAGCACAGCCUGAUGCUGGAGCCGGCCAAGUGGAACCAAGAGUUCGACCUGUGGCAGACGUUCCAGGUGGACUCCCUGGUUCAUCUGGAGGCUCUUGAGGAUGUGACGGCACGGCUGCAGAACAAGGUCAACAUCUGCAAGGCUAACAUCAUGAUGGUCACCGCCUUUGACAUCACCGCCAGGAGUCGUCACAAGAUGAGACGAAGGAAGGCUGCAGAAAGGCUUAAAAGCCAACAGACGCAUGGGGGUUCCUCAGACCAGUUUCAUUCACAAACAACAGUGAAUGGAACAGUUCUUGUAGACUGGGGUUCUGAGACACUUGCAUUUUAUAGCUCUCCCACUAUUCAUCUUCACAGGGAGGUCAAAGGUCAGAGACAAACACACACAAAGUGCUGAUGCUUAAUAAUAAUAAUAAUCCAUUAGUCAAACCGUUAUCACACUUUUAGACACUUUAUCAUCAGAUUCACCUAAAAAUAGGCAAUUUACCAAAGCAUAAUUUAGUUUUUGCCCAUUAGAGACAAGCACGGCUUCUAUUUGCUCUUUAAAUGGCCUUAAAGGCAGCUUUGUUUUUCAAGGCACCAGUGAAGGUGCACCACGAAAUGCUAACAAGACCUUUUACUUUAGCUCAAGGAGAAACAUAACAUUUACCCUUUCUGGGAAAAGUGUGGUAGGUAUUAAACCAAACAAGUUUGCUCCGAGGUGAUGUUCCAAAAAUUUAUCCUGCAAAAUUUCCCUUUAGAGUCUACCCUGCACAAAACUGUAACAACAACACUACCAAUUCUUAAAAAUUGUUAUGUGUAACUAUCCUCUUUUAAUAGGUCGACAUACGUAAUCCUGUGUGUAAAUUCAGACAGCAAAACCUUUCAACUUUACAUAACCUUUUUUCGUAAGCUUAGCACAUGGCACCUUGUUUUCUCACUGAGCUUUUAAAAAGGGACGUUGUUCUCUCCCUAAAGAUGUUUUGUGGACAGAUAUUGAUGCUAAAUACAACAAGUCAAAAUAAAUGUCUGUAAUUAAAAUCUUUUGAUCUUUUGAUACAGUAUCUUGGAUUGAGGCAGGAAGUGUGGAAGACAAGAUGAAAGUGGGUAGAAAAUUAUGGCAGCAGAAACACCACAGUGAUUUUUCCCCCCACUCUAUAGAUCAACUUACUGCUCAAACACACUAAAGAAUAAUUAGAGGCACAAUACAAAUCUGUAUUCUACCUUCAUCACUGUGCAUCAUCUGAUAUGCAAACAUUAAAAGUCAUUGUGCUGUCACUGACCAAUAGAAGACUCAAAAUUCAAAAGGCAAUGUAUUUGUCAAUUGGCAAUUUAAUAUGCAAUAUCGUUUUUCAGUUUGAAAAUGCACUGUAGAUUCAUCCAUCACUGGACACUUUUAGCAGAUAGUAUUUGCAAGUUAUGGCAGUUUAAUACCUACAUUAAUACUGUAGCUUUAUGUCUUUACAAGGCGGAGCGCACAGACACCACCUAUGACCCACCAGCACACGGGCCUGUCUGACAGUGGAGGACACUGGACAGACAAUUUGUCAUGAUCCGUGUCUUUGUUUCUAGUUGUUCCCUGUUUUCACGUCAUGUCCUGCUUGUCUUAUUUUGGUUCCAGUUUCCGUUUCCUGUUUUAUUUUGGUAGUCUCCCGGUCUCUGUUUUGUGUUCUAGCUUUACUUCCGGUUUCUUGUCUUGUCACAGCUGUCCCUGCUCAUUACCCACACCUGCACUCUGUUAGUCAUCAAGUCACUGUGUAUUUAACCACCACCUGUGUCCUUAGUUCCCUGCCAGAUUGUCGUAUUCGAGUUCCCUGAGUGUUCGUGUUUGAUGAGUUGAGUUCCCUGAGUGUUCGUGUUUCCCGUGUCCUGUUCCUGUCUGUAUCAUGUAUCCUGCCCGACCCUGGAUUGUCUACUUACCGUGAGUUUUUGCCUGUUCCCUGUCUGUACCUUCGCCGAGCCUUUUCGUGUAUGACCUGGACCGUCUGACCGUGCCUUUAAGAAUAAACCUUUUGUGGAUUAUAA